UGUGGUGAAAGAAGCUCCUCUCCAAGGAACGAAGAUGCAGAGAUACAGCACUCAACAGUCAUUGGAAAUGAUCCUGGAUGGAGCUGACCCUUGCGAAUCGGAUGGUGAAGACAUCAAUCUCCAGAUGGAUUCAGACUCCGAGCUGUCUCAGUUGUCUUCAGAUGAGGAGAGUGAUCCCCAACCAACAAAGAGAGCUCGGCUGGCGACUGAUGUGACAGAGACCGCAAAAGAUGGCACAGUAUGGCAUGAAGAACAGGUGACCGUGGGAAAGCAUAUCAUUGAGCGCCUGGAGUCCAAGCUUGAGCAAGCCUUAAAACAGGAGCCCCUGGAUAUAGAUUUCCUUGAGUUUGUUUGCCAAAGUGAGAUUUCACUGAUUGCAUCCUUAUCCACCCACCUAGAUCUUCCACCGGAGGUGUUGAAAGGUCUUCAGGAGCUAUCGGCCCUCGUGAACGACAGGCGAAAAGCCAUCGUGGUGGACAAAACAUUGGAAAGAGGCCGUCCAAAGUUGAACGUUCACCAGGAGCAUGUGGAGGAACUGAUGGCCAUGGACCUCAGCGUCCCCUGCAUCGCCAGACUGCUGGGCGUCUCGCAGAGGACCCUGACUCGUAGGAUGCGCGAGUGGGGCCUGUCUAUGAUGGAUUCAUACAGCACUAUGUCUGAUGAGGAGCUUGAUAAACUGAUCACGGAGAUUAAAGAAGUCUUACCGAAUUUGGGUUACAGACAAGUAAGGAGGCGCCUAAACAAAUUGGGCUACAGGGUGCAGUGGAACAGAAUAAUUGAGGCCAUGCACCGGAUCGAUGGCAUUGGCAUCCUUCAGAGGAUGAACAAACUCGGGGUUGUGAUGAGCGGUACUGACAAGGUGCCAUCUCCUCUCUCCCUCGUCUACAUUGAAACCAACUACAAGUUAGUCAGAUGA